GCCAACUUCAAAGGCGUCUAAGGCUUAACCUAGCUCGCGUGCGCUCGCCACGUCCAGUAACAAUGGUGGCAGCAGUGACGAGGACGGCAACUUGGGCGAGGAUGACUCACAGAAGAAGAAGGAGCGCCGUCGACAGCAGGUGCGCUACGCCUCACGUCGUCGUCGUAAGAAACAGAAGGACGAGGAGAGUUUCCUGCGCGACCGCAUCGCGGAGUUGAAGGAGCAGAUCCGCAUCAUUGGCGGUGACCUGACAGAGCAAUGCUCUCAGAUGGCAGGAAUGAGUGAGCAAGCUCUGACGGAGGCGUACGAGAAGCAGAUGGUGACGGUGCAGACGCUACGCAAGGACAACAACAAGCUGAAGGAGCAGCUGUUGCAGCACGAGAACUUCGCUCGCAUGAUCCAGUAUGGUCUGAAUGCGCUGCCCAGCGACUGUCGUGACGUGGACCGUAAGAAGAUCGCGGGUGUCCCGAUGUGGAUCAGCGACCAGAUGAACCCUCUGAAGGGUCCGACACUGGUGGUGGAUCUGAAUUUGUGUCACGAAGCUGUGCGUCACACGUACAACGAGCUGAAGGCGUUUGGUCCGUCGGUGAACUCGAAGACGAACGUGUGCUAUGCUAUGGGCUGGAAGACGGAGCUGUGGGCUGCCAGCACGUGUCUGAACUUCCGAGCGGUUCGUGUUAUUAGUGACAAGAACAUCCGCGAGGUUGCAGAUGCUUCAUGGGAGAUUAUUACGUCGCCGGAUAAGUUCAAACGCAUUUAUCCGGAUGUCAAGCAGUUCCGUAUCCUACAGAAGGUGACGGAUGAUAUCGUGGUGGUGCACCGCAUCGCGUCGGUGGCAUCAGAUCUUUCUGACCGCGAGUUUAUCUCGGUGGCGUUCCGACUCCGGGACGGAGACAAUUAUUUUAUUGGUAUCAAAUCUAUCACGGUGCAGACUGAGGCUGCUGAGAACUGCAUUCGUGGUGAGGAAUGUCAAGGAUGGAUGUUUGUUGGUGGCGAGAACGAGACAUCGCAGUGGAAGGCUCACUUCUUGGGCUACUACGAUGUCAAGGGCGAGAAGGACGACAAGGUGCUGAACCAGCUUGCUAACGAGGCGAUGUUCGGUAUGCUCCGAUGGGAGAGUGAGGCCAUGCACCCGCUUAGUGUCUAAGGGUCAAACGUCCUCGUAUUGGUGGGGCCCUUUUGCUCGAUACGUGGAGAUUGUGGUGGGCUAGAUGUCAUACAGCUCUAAGCAGAGGGCGCUACUGCUGAGUAUUGACUAAUGCCAGGCGUAAGCCAAUCCACUGAUAGCUGAGCGAACACCUGAGCACGGACGUCUUAUUGAGUACAUGCAUAAAUUGUGUUAAAAAAUAUAAGAAACGAAAACA